AUGAAAUAUGUGUCUCGGCUGAUAGAUAGUGAUAAUAAAACCUGGAAUGUUGAUAUGCUUCACAGUCUUUUUGACGAGGACACUGUUAACAACAUAACAACUAUUAGGAUUCCUAUGCAUGGUAGUAACCAAAUUAGAUGGCAACCUAGCUCAAACGGGGAGUUCAGCGUUAAAAGUGCUUACAAAGCAAUCUUGAAUGAUACAAAUAUUGAGAAUGAUUUCAUUCCCAAUACUUUAGUGAACUGGAAGGUGUUUUGGAAAACAAAACUUCCACAAUCUAUUCUACACUUUCUGUGGAAAUGUAUUAGUAAUUGUCUAUCCACUAAUGAUAGGUUGGAUAGAUAUUUUCAUAACUUUAGCACACAAUGCCCUCACUGUAACAAUUUUGAUGAAUCUAUGCAACACUUAUUCAUUGACUGUGAAUUUGCCAAAGCUGUUUGGUCAGCUGUUAAUGUUGAUUUUCUUCAUGAAAUUGCGAAUGUAAAUGUUCAGGAAUGGAUUCCAAAUAUGUUCAAGUUGACAUACUCACAAGUUGCUCAUACUAUCCAGACAAAUUAUUCCACUUGGUUCAGAAUAAACAUUAUUCACUGUGACUGUAAUGGAGGUAGAUGCUGGCAAUCAAAAGCUAUAGAUCCGGAACAAGCUGAAGCUUUUGCACUCAUGGGAGCGAUAAUUUGGGCACAAAAGAAAGGAGUCAGAAAGCUUCACUUAGAAUGA